AUGUCAAAACAUAGUAUGUGUGUCAACAGGUUACAAAAAGAAUAUCUGGCAAUAGAAAGAAAUAAAGAUAUAAAAAAUGUUUUUACAGCUAAACCAUUACCUACAAAUAUAUUAGAAUGGCAUUACGUUAUUUUUGGUCCCAAAGAUACCCCUUACGAAUCAGGAGUGUAUCAUGGUCAAAUUAUUUUUCCAUUGGAAUAUCCACAUAAACCACCCUCAAUAUUAAUGACUACUCCUUCUGGUAGAUUUAUCUGUAAUUCAAGAAUAUGUGUUUCUAUGUCUGAUUUCCAUCAAGAAAGUUGGAGUCCCUCAUGGAGUACCCAAACUAUUAUAAUGGGUUUACUUUCAUUUAUGACAGAGGAAUCUACAGGUUUUGGAUCGAUGACAAAAUCAAAGCAAAUUAGACAACAGUAUGCAGCGGCAUCAAUGCCAUUUAAUUUAAAGAACCCAAUUUUUGUAAAAUUGUUUCCAGAUAUUGUAGCAUCAUAUAAAAAAACAGGUGAAGCAUCGUCUUCUUCUACAAUUAUUGACGACGAAGAAGAAAGUAAUAAUAGUAAAAAUAAUAACACAGGUGAAACAAUAGCAAACACAUCCACAAACACAUCCACAAACACAUCCACAAACACAUCCACAAACACAUCCACCACUACAACUACCACAACAUCUACAAAUAAUUUAAGACAAAACCCAAUCAAACAAAUUAAUAAUAACAAGGCUUUAAAUAACAACACAAAAAAGAAUAGUAAUGAUAUGGUAUCAAUAAUAUUUUUAUCAACAAUAUUAGUUAUUUUAUCAGUUGUUUUUUAUAAAUAUAUGUAA